GCUUAAAAAGGAGAAUUACGAGAAUUAGAGGUGUAAUUAAUGCGGAGAUUAGUAUCAUUUACGCACAUUUCUAUGCUCACUCUUCCUUUUUCGAGUGUCUGUCAAACUGUACUGAGUUCUCUUUUAUCACCAUUAAUCUCUCUCUCACAGCGUGUGUGUGCGCUUCUUUCUUCACAUUGAAAAGGCUCGCACCUGUAAUUUUUAUUUUAUUUUUUCUCUUAAGAAUCUGCAGAAAAGGUGAAGGUGGGGCGACUGUGCACGAAUCCUGCCUCAAAUUGAUUUGUUUAUCUCUAAGGUGUAUGAUUUUUGGUGAAAAGCGCAAAGGGUAGAGAAGAAAUAAAGAGGGUUAUUAGUGCAAAAAACCUCUACCUGUUUACUGCAAUUCCUCCUCCCUCAUCUGGAUUUUUCUGUUCUUGGGACAUUUCAUCUUUAUUCCUUUGUUUGAAAAACUGAGAAUCUCAAAGCCAACCCGUUUUGUCUCUUGAAGCUGUACCCAAAAACCCUCCUCAGCUCAAACUUGCAUUCCCUAUUUGUCCUUCAAACAAAAUGGGCAUCACAAACUCCAAGCCAGAGAAGAGCCAUGCCCUCAAACUCUGCAAAGACCGGAAAAAAUUCAUAAAGCAAGCCAUUGACUCCCGAUUUUCCUUAGCUGCAGCCCACGUCUCGUAUGUCGAGUCCUUGAGAAACUUGGGCACAGCCCUCAGAAAGUAUGCCGAGUCCGAGGUUAUAAUCGAGACCUCCAUCUCGACAUCGGCCACCGAGCCCGAUAAAACCCCUUCGCACUCUUCUUACCCUUCUCCCUCACCCCCACAUCUUGCCAACAGGAGCCCGAUUUCGAUUUCGGGCUCAGCCGCUCGGGCUAGCUACAUGAGGUCUGGCGGGCCCACUGCAGUAACUGUUCGGCUUAAUCCGGGCCCGAGAAAUCUGCAUAUGGAGGAGAGUCGAUUUUCAAUGCCCCCUCCCCCGCCCCCCGACGAGUGUGGGUCGUCUUGGGAUUACUUUGAUCCUGCGGAGAGGAGUUUUCGGUUCGAGGGGCAAAAUGGUCAGAACAGAGAUUUUGAGGACGAGAGGAGUGCAUUUGGUGGUAUGAAUGGAGAUGGUGGUGAAUUGUGUGGUGAUGAUGAAGAGCGGGGGACUCCUAAAAUGGAGACUCCGAGAAAGAAAGAAGGUGAAAAAGAAGUAGGAAAGGGUUCGGGAGUAGAAUCGGGUUCGAGGAUGAUGAAUAGGGGUUCGGUGGAGAAGGAUAUAUGUGCUGCUGAGAGGGAAGAUCCAUCUGAGUAUAUAACGCACAGGGCAAAGGAUUUUGUGUGUAGUAUAAGGGACAUUGAUAACCGUUGCUUUAGAGCUUCUGAGUCGGGGAAGGAAGUAUCGAGGAUGCUCGAGUCUAGCAAAAUCCAUGUGGGGUAUGCUGAGGCCAGAGGUGGUUCGUCCGCCUCGAUUUGUAUGCCUUCUCUUGGAGCAGCUUGUUGCCAAGGUGGAAGUAUGAAUGUCACUGAUGAUCAACUUGUUACCAAGGUUAUCACGUGGAAAAGAACAUCAUCUAAGUCUUCCUCGUCUAAGAAUCUUCUGGCGACUAGGGAUGAUAAUAGUGACAGUGGAAGUGAUUUUGUAGAGGAGUUUUGCAUGAUUUCUGGGAGUCACUCUUCCACACUUGAUAGACUCUACGCGUGGGAGAGAAAGCUUUAUGACGAAGUGAAGGCCAGUGAGUCUAUACAAAAGGAAUAUAACAGGAAGUGUGACCAGCUUCGGCACCAAUUUGCAAAGGAUAUGAGUUCUCAAAUCAUUGACAAAACCCGGGCAGCUGUGAAAGAUCUUCACUCACGGAUGAGAGUCGCACUUCAUUCAGUCGACACAAUUUCGAAAAGAAUCGAGAAAAUGCGGGACGAGGAGAUGCUGCCACAGCUCCUCGAACUCAUUCACGGCAUUUACAGUCAAGAGCCCAUGUUUGAUUGUAAUAUCAAACUACAAAUGGCGCAAAAACUGACUCGAAUGUGGAAGGCCAUGCUCGAGUGCCACCACUCCCAAUACAUCACAAUCUCGCUAGCUUAUCAUGCUCGGGGCUCCGCCGUGGCGCCACCUGGCGAGACUCAGCGCCAGAUCAUCCUCCAGCUCAUGGACGAAGUCGAGUUUUUCGGCCUCAGCUUCACUGAUUGGGUCAACAGCUACACCUCAUAUGUCGGGUCCCUCAACAGCUGGCUCCAGAACUCAAUCCUCCAGCCGCCACCUGGCGACCGCCACAAGGGCCGCCGGGCAGCCUUCUCCCCACGCCGCCACCUGGCGCCGCCAAUCUUCGUCCUCUGUCGCGAUUGGUCGGCCGGGAUCAAGUCUCUGCCUUCUCAGGAGGUGAGUGACUCGGUUAAGGGUUUUUUGGCCGAGCUGAGGCGUUCGGUCAGGCACCAAGCUGAGGAGUCGAAAAAAAUGGAUGAGAGUUUGACCGAGUUGAAGCAUGACGAUGAAGGUGGUUCGAAUGUGGGGUCAAUACAGGGGAGUUUGACUAAAGUUCUUGACAGGUUGACCAAAUUCUCGGAGGGGUCGGUGAAGGUUUGCGAGGAUAUUCUGCAGAAGUAUAUUUGUUGGGGGGAAAAUAUGGAGUUUUUAGGACAGGUCUCUUUUGUGGAGGAUGAUUGGUUGAUUGCUGAUGAAUCAAGAGCAUUGGCCUGA